AUGAGACCUUCCGCAGUGCGCCUACUGAACAUUCUUGUUCCAAUCAAGCGGACUGUGGACUAUGCGGUGAAGAUUCGCGUGAAUCCCGACCAGAAGGGAAUUGAUCUCAACGUCAAGCAUUCAAUGAACCCCUUCGACGAGAUCGCGGUCGAGGAAGCCGUGCGGCUGCGGGAGAAGCUCAAGGACGCGGUCAAAUCCAUUAAGGUCGUCACCAUUGGUCCACCGAAGUCUUCGGAGACGCUGCGCACGGCUCUCGCAAUGGGUGCAGACUCCGGCAUCCACGUGGAGAUCCCCGACUCUGCACCUGCACCGGAGCCCCUUGGUAUCGCGAAGGCUUUGCGUGCGGUCAUUGAGCGGGAGCGCGAGAAGGGCGGUGUGGACCUCGUCAUCAUGGGAAAGCAGGCCAUUGAUGACGACGCCGGCCAGACGGGUCAGAUGCUCGCCGGGCUGAUGGAUUGGUCGCAGGCAACGUUUGCCAGCAAGGUUGCGCUGGACGUGGAAAAGAAUGAAGCGAAUGUUACGAGGGAGAUUGACGGCGGGUUAGAGGAGCUGCGGUGUCGGCUGCCGCUGGUCGUCACCACAGAUCUCCGGCUCAACGAACCGAGAUACGCUUCGCUGCCCAACAUUAUGAAGGCAAAGAAGAAACCCAUCGAAAAGCUCACUCCGAAGGAUCUCAGCGUGGAUCUCGCUCCCCGGAUAGAGACGCUGAAGGUGACAGAGCCUCCGAAACGCGUUGGUGGUGUAAAGGUCGCAAAUGUGGACGAGUUGAUUGCGAAACUCAAGGAGGCCGGUAUCACUGCUGUUAAAUCAUAA